AUGAGUGACUUUACCGAAACUAAUCGCAAACACUUCGACAAAGUCGCCUCCAACCACCAAAACGACUUUGGCGAACUCAUCGCCGCAAUAAUAACCGAGCUCCAAUCUCGGCGCGAGUGGAUCAGUCCGAAGCUUGCUGGCGAGCCGAAACAUGAAGAUGGUAUCAAGGAAGCGGAUGAGGUCCGUUUGCUGGAUUACGCUUGCGGUUCUGGAACAGUCUCCAAGGCGCUAGCCCCAUACACAACCCGCAGCAUCGGCCUGGACCUCUCCGCAAAUAUGGUGAACGAAUACAACAAGACCGCGAGGGAGAUGGGAUAUGGCGCAGAGCGUAUGCAAGCGCAUCGCUGGGACCUGCUUUCAGACUCGACUGCCUCGAGCGCUCCCAGCGACUUUCUUGCCCAAGAAUCAUAUGAUAUCGUCGCAACGGCUAUGGCCCUGCACCACGUCGCUGACCCCGCGAAACUCCUUUCCCGUCUGUCGGAGCUGCUCAACCCAGGCGGCGUUUGCGUUGUGGUUGAUAUGGUUCCGGAAUCCGAGUCGGCCUCUACCGGUGAAGUUGAGAACGUAUUCGAAACUAUAGAGACCCUUGACCCUUCGAAGCGUGGUGUUUUGGACACCAUCGGCAAGCAGGGCUUUACCGAGGCUGAAAUGAGGAGCAUGUACGAGGGUGCCGGGAUGUGGAGGAGGUUCGAGUAUGUGGUUCUGCCGGAGAAAUUGCGCUUUGCGCUUUUUGGACGGCGCUUUGCGUUUCCUGGUUUCGUUGCUCGUGGGGCGAAAGAGACAUGGCGGGCGAACUUCGGACGCCAGUCUUCAUGUCGGGUGAACGAUAAUGAUAGGCCAGUCGGUAUUUGA